GAAAUACCUAUGGCAAUAUUUUACACACAUACUUGAACAUAAUUUAAAUCUUCAACAAAUACUUAUAUACAAUUUGUAUAUAAUACAUGUAUGUGUAUACAUACAUUAUACAUCUCGUAUUUACAUACAUUUCUCAUUUAAUUUUCUCUGUUUCACAGAUACACCAAUUUGCAAACAUUUAGAUCGUGUCAUCUUAAUUGGAGCCUCAAAGGAUGAAACUGUCGAAGUUGCGUGUGAAAUUCAAGCGGAUCCACCACCAAGAUCUUUCCGUUGGAAAUUCAACAAUUCAGGUGAAACAUUGGAUGUGGGCAGUGAACGUUUCAGUGUUAAUGGUAGCCGUAGUAUUUUGAAAUAUACCCCUGUAACAGAUCAGGACUAUGGCACCUUGUCAUGCUGGGCCUCCAACGAAGUGGGAACACAAAAUCAACCAUGUCUUUUCCAGGUUGUAUUGGCAGCUCUACCAAAUGCCGUUGCAAAUUGUACCAUCUUCAAUCGAACUGAGUUAAGUGUUGACAUUCAAUGUAUACCUGGCUAUGAUGGUGGUCUUCCACAAAUAUUUGUUUUGGAAAUGUUCUCAACACGCACCGGAAUCACAAGAUUUAAUAUCACCAACCCCGAGGAACCACAAUUUUCUUUGGAAAAUUUGGAUACUUUAACAUCGAUAAUGACCCAAGAGAACAAUUCAUUGAAAAUGCGUAUUUAUGCCUACAAUCAAAAGGGACGCAGUCCGUCGUAUUUGAUACAGGAUAUGGUGAUUGGAGCUACAGGCUUUAAAAACGACGAUGAUGUAUCCCUGACACUGUCACCCGUUAUCGUUGGGAGUGUCCUUACAAUUGUUAUUAUUAGUUUGGCAAUCGCUUUGAAAAUAUUCAUGAUGACGUUUUUACACAAUUUACGUCGCAAUCGUCAGCAUGGCACAAAGGCAACGGCCACAGCUGUAGUCGCUCAAACCGGUGAUGUUUAUAAGGGCAGUGGCAUGGAUAAACCCCGUUGGCAACAUACUGACAUUAAAUCCAAAUCCUCUGAGGAUUUGGUUGAGGAUGAACGUGAUCCUGAUGUUAUACCAUCGCAAUACGUUGGCAGUGUAGGCAGCGGCAGUUCAACAAGCUCAGCCAAUGCCAGUAUUGGGGGUGUUAGCGGCGAUGGUGGCGUCGGAGGCGGCGGCGGUGUAAACGUUGCUACAAAUGGCAGUGUUAGCCAUCAUUUUACAUCCACAUCAUCCAAAUGGUCACCGAGCUCCAAUCAACACACCACCAAGAGCUAUGAAACAAACAUGAUGCAACAGAAUCCAGCUUCAGCGGGUACAGCUACAACAACAGCGGCCUGCUCAAAUGCUGGUGGUGGCACUUUGGGCCGUGGUGGUGUCGGUGCCAGCAAUGACUCAACUAUACCCAUAACAUUCAAUCAAAUCAACGCACGAACCCAUCUUAUGGCUUCCGCCUCAAUGCUAUCGCCCACAGGCUCAACGACUGCUGGUACACUUAGUCGUGGCGGUUUGGCGGGUGUAUUGGCAACAUCUACAACAGGAAGCGGCAGCGGUGGUGCUGGUGAUGCUACUACUGUUGCGGCCUAUAUGGCUUCGGAUGUGGCCAAUAUCAUAGGCUCACCCACAUCGCUGGCCUCGUCGAUGGGCUCACCGCAUAUGCAACAGAAAUUGCAUUCCAGUGGGGUGGGUACUCUGCCACCUGGCCUGGGGAGUGGUGGUGGCUACAUACUGAAUAGCCUCAUUAACAGCAGCAGUGGCACAGCCAUGUCCAGCCUGCAUCAUACCACUGGCUCCUCCGCGGCAUCUUCAACAAAUGCAGGUGCCGGCAGUAUAGGACGUGUUAACCUUCAUCAUGCAACAACGACGCUGCAUCAUCACAAUACGCUGGGCGGCCGUGGUAAUCAUGGACAUUACAUGACACCCACGCCGCCUUCAAUGAUGUUAACAUCACAAACAACAUCGGCCCUAAGUGGCAGUGGCAGUACACCAGGCUCGACAUCUGGUGUUGGCCUACUUUUAGGCGGUUCGAGUGGAGUUGGUGGCAGCACCUUGGGCGGUGGCAUUGGUGUCGCCAGCAGUAGUCUGCAUUCUUCGUCACUGGCCUCGGCAGCACCCUCAACAACGACAACAUCAUGUAACUCAUCCACUGACCUGGAUGAUAAUAUUAACAUCAUGGCCAUUAAGGAUUGUUUAAUGACACAGCGUGUACCCGAAAGUUGUGUCUGAGUUGUUCCUGCAGCGCACCGGGCAGGGCUUCAUAAUAUCUUUGCUUUAAUU